AACACAUUUUUCUCUCCAUAAUUCAAAACCCAUCAACUGGUUUUCAGUCCCAGUCUUAUUAUGCUUCCUUGAACAUAAAGAAUAUGUGUACAGGCGACAGCAGGGGUGUUCAAAAUGCGGCUUGGGGGCCAUCUGCGGCCCUCUGGAGGACUUUUAGUGGCCAACCUCAAUUCUAGAAUUGAGCCAAGCAAUCGGUUGCUGCAGAUGGACAUUUUUUCAUCUUUUACAGAUAAAUAACAUCUUUAAGAAAAAUAUUAGGUGGAAAAAAUAGGUUCCUAUUUAUUGACAAUUUGUUGACCUGCUUUCAGUCAAAAGCAAAUCCUGCAGCCCAAGUCAGAAACCAAUCAACCCUAAAAAAUUUAGGAAUUGGAUCUUUUUUAGGUUUUGCAUCUGUAAUGAUUUACUGAUCCGUUUUCUACAAAAAUCAGGCUAGUCUGUUGAGUUCAAUAAACCCAUCUGUGGGUUUAUUGAACCAUUGUGGGUUUCAAUAAACCCAUCUGUGCUCAAUACAUUUUUUUUGUAUUGAGCACAUGAAAUAAAAAAGGCACAAAAAGUUUGUUUUAAAAUUUUUGUGGCCCCAUGUGCUGUUAACUGAAACAUUUUGACACAAACCCAAAUACAGCAAAGUUUAUGGUGCGUAAACUAUCUUGAAGGUGGCCUAUUAUGUUUUUCUGAACAGGUUAGGAUAGAUCUGUAAAGAAAUCAUUGCUUUACUGCAGAGAAUCAUUAUUAGAUCAUCAGAUUUCAGUCUGCUCUGUUCUGCCUCCUGUCACUUUAAACCCAAAUAAGCUGCUGCUGGCCACGCCCCCAAACUCAACUUUUACACUCACUUGAAAAUGGCUCCAAACAGAUGCAAAGUUAUGAAACUGUACAUCUGUGAAAAGUAGAAGUGGAUCCCGCUGCACAGCCAACAAGAAUGCAGCAAGUGGUUUCUGGAUGGUAAGUGAGCAACAAAACAGGCAUCUUUUCCAGCAGCCAUUGUACAGCAGUAAAACCAGCUGAUCAAACGCACUGCAGUUCAGCGUGGGUUGGUAGGCAACAGGCUGGUGUUUGAUUGAAUGAGAUAAAAAGCAGCAGCGUUGGAAGUGGUUUCUUUCUGCUUGUUUAUUCACAAGGCAGCCAUAUUGGACUUUAACUUUCAGUUUUUGGGGUUCCUUCAACUGUGAACCAAAAACUUGAUGAAUGACACAAAAGCAUAAUGUGAUACAAAAUAAAAAUGUUCUGUGGAACGUUCUUCCAUUUACAUCAGAUAUAUAAACUCCUAAAGUAGUUCAUGUUGAUAAAAUUAAUUUUAAUGCCACUGAUGCUGAAGGGUACAGCUGAAGGACACUUUAGGAUAACAACAUCAUGGAUCAUUACAUACUGCCGUACUGUCAGUCAGUCAAUAGCAUCCAACAUAAACAACAUGCAUCCAACAAAUUCUAAUGUAGCAAUACAUUACAACCAAGCUUCAUGUUUUUCCAACACUGAAUCGCAAAUAAUAAAACUUUUUCUCCCAAAUCAAACUCCCUUCUAGACCGUCGCCAUGUUGACGUGAUGCUAAAAGGGAAACCCGGUGACUGUCUCCCCUUCGCUUUGUUAUCAAUGCCCAGUAUUGAUCUUCCCGUCGCUUCCUGUCAGCUAUAGCGUGGCAUCGAUUGGCUUCCGAUGUUGGUGUGCUGCAGGGCAGUCCUGCACUCUGAGCCAGCCAGGCUGGGAGGUCCGACAUCGACAACCGCAGUCACACAGCGCUAGCAGGAAGAGCGCUACUUUCGCACAAACAUGGAUCCAGAACAAAACACUUCGGAGCGCGACGAAGGAUCCUACCAGUGAUGGUUAAAACAGUCCAAGUUUCUGGAUCAAAUCAGGUGAGGUUUGGGUUGGGCCCCAUGAAGGGCGAGGAUCCGGCCAUCAGGAUGGAGCUGCUCAGCCCRCCGCAGGCAAAGGAACGGGCUCAGAACGUCACAGAGAAGGUCACGCAGGUGCUUUCUUUGGAGUCGGACGUUCUGCCAGAAUACAAACUCCAGGUUCCAGAUACAACAUGGUGGAUCCUGCUCCAUUACAGCCCCUUCAAGGCCUUUUGGGACUGGAUCAUUCUGCUGCUGGUCCUCUACACGGCCGUUUUCACCCCGUACUCAGCCGCCUUCCUGCUGGACGAGCACGGCAACCCGCGGCAAAGACGAUGCGGCUACACGUGUAACCCUCUGAACGUGGCCGACCUCAUGGUGGACGUGCUCUUCAUCGUGGACAUAAUCAUCAACUUCCGCACCACGUAUGUGGACCACAAUGACGUCGUCGUGACGCAGCCGAGCCGGAUAGCCAAGCAUUACAUCACGGGCUGGUUUCCGAUUGACAUGCUAGCAGCGACGCCCUUUGACCUUCUCAUUUUCAGAUCUGGGUCUGACGAGAUGGCGACCUUAACCAGCCUGCUCAAAACRGCUCGGCUGCUGCGGCUGGUCCGCGUGGCCCGAAAGCUGGACCGGUACUCCGAAUACGGCGCCGCCGUCCUCUUCUUGCUCAUGUGCACCUUUGUGCUCAUCGCCCACUGGCUCGCCUGCAUCUGGUACGCCAUCGGCUUCGUGGAGAGGCCGUACACGGAGACCGGCUGGCUGGACAACCUGGCUGAACAGCUGGGGAAGGCGUACAACGAAAGCGACUCCACCUCCGGGCCGUCGGUGAAGGACAAAUACGUGACGGCUCUGUACUUCACCCUGAGCAGUUUGACGAGCGUCGGGUUUGGGAACGUCUCGCCAAACACAAACUCCGAGAAGAUUUUCUCCAUCUGCGUCAUGGUCAUCGGAUCCCUCAUGUAUGCCAGCAUAUUCGGAAACGUGUCGGCGAUCAUCCAGAGGCUUUACUCCGGCACGACUCGCUACCACACCCAAAUGCUGCGGGUCAAAGAGUUCAUCCGCUUCCACCAGAUUCCUGGCGGCCUGCGCCAACGGCUGGAGGAGUACUUCCAGCACGCCUGGUCCUACACCAACGGCAUAGACAUGAAUGCUGUGAGUAAAGCAAAGGUGUUGAAGGGGUUUCCAGAGUCACUGCAGGCAGACAUCUGCUUGCACCUCAAUCGCUCUCUGCUGCAGAACUGCAAGGCUUUCCAUGGAGGCAGUCAAGCCUGUCUGCGGACGUUAGCUAUGAGGAUCAAGACGGUCCAUGCUCCUCCAGGGGACACGCUCAUCCACUGUGGAGACUUCCUGGACUCCCUCUUCUUCAUCUCCCGUGGCUCCAUCCAAGUCAUGAGGGACUAUGUUGUUGUGGGUUUAUUAGAAAAGAACGACAUAUUCGGCGAGCCCAUCCACCUGUACGACGAACCGGGUCGGUCCAACGCGGACGUGUGCACCAUCACCUACUGCGACCUGCACCGCAUCCCCAGGGAAGACCUGCUAGAUGUGCUUGACAUGUACCCAAGCUUUGCCGACAACUUCUGGAGGAACCUGGAGAUCACCUACGACCUGCGAGACACUGAUCAAAUGCCGCCAGUAAUAAUCAACGAAUCUGGGGAUGACGGUGAAUAUCGGCACAAAGCGCGGCACCGAGUCCACCCCCUGGACUGCAGAAUAAGACCAGAUGGAAUCGACCACGAAGACUCGUUCCCCCAUCAGUCCUGCCACUGUUCGCCGCCUCAGGACGGCUGGGACGACGUCUGGAGCUCCUCCUGUUCCCAGUCCAGCGAGGAUCUGGCAAAGCCUCCCACUCACACCACCAGACCGGGCCCCUUCCCCAGUGACGACCCCAGACUGGGCCCCGUCCCUACCGACGACCCCAGACCGGACCCCUUCCCCAGCGACAACCCCAGACCGGGCCCCUUCCCCACUGCGGCCCCACAGCUGCCCCAGAGCGGCGCCUUGGUGGGGAGGGACGCGGCGCUAAACCAGGGCCACCAAGCUUCAUCGCUGAAUCUGCCAGGAAUGUAUCGAUUCUGGCCAGAUCAACAGCAGCUGUCCAAUCAGGUUUUACAAUCUUCUUCCAUUGGUAACCCAAACCCAAACCCGGCUCUGAUCCCAGAGGAAAAGCCCAGUGAGCUCGAGUCGCGACUCGAAGUCCUGCAGUUACAGCUCAACAGGCUGGAAACUCGAAUGACGGCUGACAUCAAUGUUAUCCUCCAGCUGCUGCAGAGGCAGAUGGCUCCAGUUCCCCCAGCUUACGGCUCCGUGUCUCCCAGUACGCUUCCCAUUGACUCCUCUGCCCUGUAUGGGACUGGGGCUCCAGUACUGGACAGCAGAUACCCAGUUUCCCCAGUUCGGAUGGACUGCAGGGCUUCCAAACAGAGUUUGGACCAGAUGGAUCUGAAAUCCUCCAAGAAGUCCCAGGAGUCGUUAUCCAGCGGGAUCCACAUGACUGCAGCCUCUGACGACACCAUGUCCACGACUGUCACCCCYGACACCGACACCCACGCCGGCUUCACCCCCACGUUACCACAGCAACCGCCCAGAUCGACCUUUGAACCCGACUUGAGCCUGUGUGAGACGGUCCGCUUCCCGUCUUUACCGGUGAACCUGGACUUGAGCUCAGAACCCACUGAGAUCCAGAAACACGCCUCAGACCCGGCGCUGCCAGUCUUCACCUGACCGGCCGGCUUCACCUGGACAGAACCAAACGCCUCUCAGGUUUUGGACGAGAUUUUAUUUUGUUUUUGAACAGCUAUCAGGAAAAACAUGAAGCAAAAAUCACAUGCAGUGCCUUGCAAAGGUAUUCAUAGACUUUUCCACGUAUUUUCAUGUCUUAACCUCAAAUUUUUAUGGAUUUUAUGUGACAUACACACAUAAAAUCCAAUUUAACUAUGAAAUGAAACAAAUGCAUGGUUUCCCAAUUUAAGAAAAUAAAGUCUGAAAAGUAUUUCAACCAUUCUUCUAUACAAAAUACAUCAAGUUGCUUUAAAACAAAUGACAAAUGGUCCACAUAGUAGUUUUUAAAUGCAAAAUUGUCUUACUUCAGUAACAAAAUAAUUUAGCAGUAAAUUAAGUUGCUGCAACAGAAAUAAAGCUGGAACAUGAGACAGCAGGAAACAGACAAGUUUCAAUAUUUUGUAAUGUCUUUUGUCGGGUUUUGGCCAAAAACGUGACAGUUGUGUAAUUAUUUGAGGUUUAAAUUGCAUUGGGUUAUGAUUUUUCACAAAUCUGGAAAAUUUCAGUUCGUCACGAGGGAAAGCAGCACUUAAGACUAUGUAAUGUUUAUUUAUUUAGUAGAGGUGUGCCGAUCGGUCACCGAUCAUAAUCGUGCCGAUUUUCGUG